AUGACAAGAACUGUUUUCUUCCGACUACACCUUGGAGGAUAUUGGAGCAGUGAUGGUUCAUACAAUGGUGGAAUUACACGAUGCAUUAGGCUGGAUUGUCAGGAACCGACUUUGGCAAUGUUGAAGCGGAUGGUGUUGAGGGCUGGAUAUGCAGAGAAUAUGUGUAAGUUUGCUUACUUCCCAUCUGGAACAAUGGGUCAGAAUCGUAAGGAUGUGUCUACUGAUAGUGAUGUUAGAGAAAUGAUUCAGAGUUCACAAGAGAUAGAGAGUCUGAAUUUGUAUGUGGUUAGGGAGGAUGAUCCUUAUUUAGAUGAUGUUCUUAUUGGGGAUGAUGUAGAAGAGGAACCUGAGGAUGAUGCACUCAUUGAUUUCUAUCAGAAUGAUUAUGUUGACAGUGAUGAUUCAGAUGAUGAUGAUGGCAGUUUGAUAGAGUUCUUUGUAGGGCAAGAGUUUGUCUCAAAAGAAAAGUGCAGGGGAACAAUUGAGAAGUAUGCUGUGAGAGAGAAGGUUAACAUUCAUUUUCAGAAAUCAGAAAAGAAGAGAAUAGCGGCUAUAUGUGCUCAAGAGUGCUGCAAGUGGAGACUUUUUGCAUCAAUAAAUAGCCAGUCAGAUAAAAUGGUGGUGAGAUCGUAUAAAGGAGAACAUGAUUGCUAUCCUAUAGGAGUUGUCGACCUCUACACUGCACCAAAAAUAGCUGCUGAUUUUCUCAAUGAGUUCAGGCACAAUCCCAAGUUGUCAGCCGGUCAAAUCAUGCAGAGGUUGGGUAUAAGAGGUCUUCGGGUUACAAAAACCAAGUGUCAGAGUGCAAGACAGAUUAUGAAACAUAUCAUUGAGGAUGAGUAUGCCGAGCAGUUCACAAGAAUGUAUGAUUAUGUGGAGGAGUUGAGGAGGACUAAUCCGGGUUCUACUGUGAUUUUAGGAACAAAAGAUAGAGUUUUUGACAAGUUCUACACUUGCUUUCAGUCUCAGAAGCAAGGGUGGAAGAGUGCUUGUAGGCGGAUAAUACACUUAGAUGGGACCUUUCUCAAAGGAAGAAUGAAAGGGCAAUUGUUAACUGCUGUGGGAAGAGAUCCUAAUGAGUCAAUGUAUAUCAUAGCAUGGGCUAUUGUACCUGUCGAAAAUAAGGUUAAUUGGGAGUGGUUCAUGAAGUUACUACGAGAAGAUUUGGGUUUAGAGGAUGGUAAUGGGCUCGCUCUCUCUUCAGAUCAGCAGAAAGGAUUAAUCUAUGCCAUUAAAAACACCCUUCCUUAUGCCGAGCACAGAAUGUGUGCUAGACACAUCUUUGCUAAUUUACAAAAGAAGUAUAAACAGAUGGGGCCACUGCAUAAGACGUUUUGGAAGUGUGCUAGGGCGUACAAUGAAACUGUUUUUUGGAGACAGCUUGAGAAGAUGAAGAACAUAAAGCUGGAAGCGUAUGAGGAUGUGAAGAAGACCACUGAUUCUCACUGGUCUAGGGCGUUCUUUUGUGGCACCACCAAGUCGGGUGCAGUGGAGAACAAUAUCAGUGAGUCAUAUAAUGCAGUGCUGAAAGAUGCUCGGGAAAUGCCUAUUAUUGCAUUGCUGGAGGAAAUAAGACGCCAUAUUAUGACUAGCAACUUGCUUAAGAUCAAGGAGAUGGAAAGUGUCACAAGCUUAGUGACACCAAAGGCAUUGGCGAUUAUGGAGAAACGUAAGAGGAGCUUAAAGUGGUGUGCUCCGCUGUCAAAUGGAAGAGGAAUAUAUGAGGUCGAUCAUGGGAAGGACAAGUUUGUGGUUCAUGUUCGAGAUAAUACAUCUUGUACUUGCAGAGAGUAUGAAGUUAGUGGGAUACCUUGUUGUCAUAUCAUGUCUGCAAUGUGGGCUGAGUACAAGGAGACCAAGCUUCCGCAGACGGUGAUAUCAGAUUGGUAUUCAGUGGCGAAGUGGAAACUUUGCUACUCAUCUCUUUUAUUUCCCGUGAAUGGGAUGGAGCUUUGGGAAACGCAUAGUGAUGUUGUUGUUAUGCCUCCUCCGGAUAGAAUCAUGCCAGGACGACCAAAAAACAAUAACAGGAUCAGAGAUCCAAGUGAAGAAGCUUCUCAAAAUUCUCAGAAAACAUCAACGACUUGUAGUAACUGUGGAGAAAAGGGACACAACAUACGCACAUGUCCAAAAGAAAUCGUCCCAAAACCACCUAAACAGCCUCAAGAAUUCCCUUCUUUUCAUGCAAAUGCUGUUAUGACAUGUAGCAAUUGCCAACAAACCGGACAUAACAAGCGCAAAUGCAAAUUUGAUCCAGUCUCUAAGCCAACCAAAUUGCCUCGAGGAAGACCAAAAAAACAGCCGACCACAGACCCGAGUACAAACCCGAGCACAGACCCGAGUACAAGUCUGACCACAGACCUGACCACAGUCUGA